CUCCAGACGGAUCUGCACCAUCUCCUCGGCCGACAUGGCUGGGGGGCUGGGGGCCGCGGGGGUGCCCGCCAGCUCUGCGCGCUCGCCUCCCCGCCCCCACGCGCUCGCCGGGUUCCGGGUUGGGCGCGCAGAGGGAUGGCGCCGCGGAGGAGGAGGAAGGCGACGGGCCGCCGCCCGCUCCCGCGUUCGCCCAACCUAUCUGGGUCGCGGCGGCGCCCCCGAGGCAGCCCCUCCUCCUGGUCCCGGGGGCGGCGGCUCAGCCUCGCUCCCCCAAAAGCGGCGGCCCUGCCCGUCUGCUCUCCCUCAGCGCCAAAAAAGGCCCGGCUGGCGCGCGUCGGGCGUCGGGAGGCGGCCGCCGUCCUCGCUCCGGUUCUCUGGGCCGCGUCAGCCGCCGAGGGGAUCCCAGCCCCCAGCCUGCAGCCUCCUCCCACGCCUCGCUUCUCACUUCCGCCCGCAGGACCCCUGCCGCCCGCCAGACCUGCGAGUGGAUCCGGCUGUCGGGGAGGGCUGGAGGGCUGUGGGCCCGGGUGCCCGGGCUGCGGCCGCGUCCCCGCAGCCUCUCCCGCACGCCAGGCGCCGCGGCUCUGCGGCCUGCGGGGUCCGCGGCGAUGCGCCGGCGGGCGCGGGGGGGUGGGGACCGGGCGAGGGGAAGCCGGAGUCCGCUCUUUCUUCCACGCUGCUUUAUCAGCGGGAAGAGACAAAAAAGAAGAAACAGGCGUGGGGGGGGGGAUCGGAAUGAGGGGAGCCUGGGGUCCGGCGAGUCAAAAUGACAUCACAUCUUAGAUCGCCCAUCUAACCCAAUCCGGCGUAGUGUCCCCGGGGGGCCGUCUCUGCACACGCAGGUGACACCUAGAGCUGAUUCUUCGCCAUGGUCAUUGUGUAGAAGCCAUCUUGCAGAAAGAAGGUCCAGGCAGAUGGCAGCAGGUUCUGCAGGGCUCCCUGGGUUGCACGUCAGUGUUUUCCAAAGAUCUUAGUAAAUCACCUGGGACACUAGAGCACUAGAGCAACUGAAUAGGCUCUCGGAAGAGAAGAAAGGUUUUUAAGGUAAGAAUCCAAUUUUUGAACCCUUCUCAAGAGCACCCAGUUGGAAAGAAGUACAAUAAAUCACUGCAUUGCAAUAGUGUAACGGUUCUGAGUAGUUGAUAAAAUCUAUACAAAGGCUACAUAGUAAUUUUUUAUUCAGAGUUAGAAUUGCUUUCUGGUUUCUGCAAUUUCAUCUCACAUGACAAGUUUUGAGACUAGAGGUUUCUGGGCCACAUAUCUCAGCCCAUUGUGGAUUCCUCCCUCUGCCCCUGCAGUCCAGUUUCUAUCUCUCCUUUUCAAAAUACUUGGCUCCAAGAAGUCCCUGGUUUCCAGACUGAAUGUUUAUGCAAUCACCAAAAAAAUUGUUUUAAAAAUUUUAAAGCAUGCUUUUACACUGGAACUUGGAGAUUCUUUAAAAUACAACUUUGAUCUUUACUUGAACACCAUUUGACAGCAAAAGGAUUAAGCAAUUAUGGGUUGUUCCAUUAUCCCUGCAGGAUACAUGAGAACUUCAAGGAAUUACGUAUCACACGAAAGAAACUGCAUUUAAUGUGAUUGAAAGACACAGAGGUUAGAAGGCUGGAAAGCUGACUUUCUGGCUUAUGUCCCCAGGGCAUAAACUAAUCACAAUAUCUAUGCAUCCUCAUGGAGAAAGGGAGUAAUCUUUUGUUCCUCACCUGUCCCUUGCUUUGCCAUUAGGAAACCUCUCUUCCCUUUCCCAUUGGAACAGAGAGAACAGUCCGAUUAUUUGCAG